AUGGGCCCCUAUACCGCCUCCUCAUGCUGCUGCCAGGCUCGUAAUCUGUCAUGCGCCCCUGUACCGCCUCCUCAUGCUGCUGCCAGGUCCAGAGUGUGUCAUGGGCCCCCGUACCGACUCCAAAUGCUGCUGCCAGGCCCGUAAUCUGUCAUGGGCCCCUGUACCGCCUCCCCAUGCUGCUGCCAGGUCCAGAUUGUGUCAUGGGUCCCUGUACGGCCUCCCAUUGCUGCUGCCAGGCCCGUAAUCUGCCAUGGGCCCCCGUACCGACUCCUCAUGCUGCUGCCAGGCCCGUAAUCUGCCAUGGGCCCCUGUACCGCCUCCUCAUGCUGCUGCCAGGUCCAGAGUGUGUCAUGGGUCCCUGUACGGCCUCCCAUUGCUGCUGUCUCUAUCGCCACACUCUGCCAUGUGCCACUUUCAGGUCUCCUCACACUGCUGGUGGUUUCCAUUUUUGUCAUAGGGUGCUG